AUGAAGAAAACUCAUCUUAAAAAAUCAAAACAUCGUUUUUUAUCGAAUAAAUCACAAAGUAUAACGGAUGAAAAACAUACUGGUUGUAUAACGUCAGCAGAACCGAUUAAUUAUAUAAAAACUGAAAUUCAACUUGGAUGUGGUACAGCACAUUUAGAUCAAUCAAAUUGUUUAAAAACAAAAUUAAAUUUAAAAACUGAAAAACAAUUAAAACGUGAUUUAUUACGUGUAACCGAUCAACGUCCAUCUUUACUCGGUAGUCAAACUCUUCAUCCAUCUCGUUCAUUUCCCACAAUUCGAAAAAUAGCUAAUGAAACAUCGAAUCAUACAUCGAAUGAUAGACGACGUUCAUCAUCAUCAUUAUCAAGUAUUAAUUUUAAUUUGACACCUUUUGAUCGUAUUGGACCGUGGCCUGAUAAAACAAUAAAUCGUUUACGUAAUGCCAAUGAAUUAUUACAUCCAUCAAAAAAUUUUCGUAAUCGUCAUAAUAUACGUCUAUUUAGUCCUAAAUAUUAUGCAACUAUGAGUGAACAACAAAAUAAAUUUACAUUUUAUUCAAAUACAAAAUCUUAUAUUGAUGAAUAUCGAAAACGAAAAGGUUAUAUACUUGGUGGUACAUCGUCUAUAUUAUCUAGUCAACAAAAUCUAGAUACAUUGGAUAAUAAAAGUGAUGAUGAUCAAUUAUCGGUUGUACCAAAUCAAACGAGAGAAAAUAGUCGAACAUUUUUAUCUACUGAAACAAUUUUUAAUCAAAAAUCUGAUCCAUUUAAUCAUAACUCUGUAAAUUAUCUAAAAUCAUCUGAAAUUUUUGUUGAUAGUUCAUCGAAUGAUCUACUCUCAAUAUCAUCGACAAAAAAUCAACAAUCAAUACGUUCUGAACCUCUAUUAACUCUGCCACCAAUUACAACAAAACAAACUUAUUUGAAUGAUCAACUAUUCUCGUCGUCAUCAAUUUCAAUGAGAAAUGGUCAUUUGAGACCAAUGGGGACAAAUUCUCGAACAAUUCCAUUACCAUCAUUGCCAACAUCACGUUAUUCGAAUAUAAAUCAAAUGGGAAAAACUUAUGCUAUAACUACAGAAGGAAAAAAAUUUGAAAAUACAAAUGCAAAAUUAUUCGUCAUCGAAAGUAGACCAGUUAUUACAGAAAAGAAAAAGUAUGUUAAUAUGCAAUAUUAUUAUUUUUCUCUCACUAGUUUAUGGACUUGUAUGCAUUGUAUCUAUGAAACAGAGAUUUCUUUUCCCAUGCUAAGUUGA